CGCCAUUAUAAAUACGUUUUCAUCGUGACGAUCGGUCGGCAUUUAAGAUUACACGUCAAUGAGGUCCAAUUCCACCACGCUUUUAUAUAAAACAGUCGACGUGGGAAUGGCCAGUGCUGUCCAAUGUGCUUCUAACGGAACAGUGGUUCGCAUGAAUUAAAUUGAAGAAUCCAGAAAGAACAAAAGAAACCAACGAGCACUACGUGUUUUAAGUGAAACAAAAAAAGAAGAAGACAGAGAAAGUGUACAGAAAGAAAUAAAGAAACAAUGGGGUUCGUGGAGAAUUACGAUUACUAUUGGAAUCAGAAGGCUGAUCCAAGAACGAACGUUCUGCCAUUCAUUGGAUCACCGAUUCUCAUCCCUCUCAUCCUAUUCUCGUAUUUAUACUUCGUUCUGAAAUGUGGGCCUGAUUUCAUGAAGAAUCGAAAGCCGUACAACUUGAAAACCUUCACCCAAUUCUACAACGUCUUUCAAGUCCUCGUUAAUAUCUUCAUAGUGUACAACGCGAUCUGUGCCGGUUGGUUCACCGAGAUAUCGCCCUUCUGCGAGAUACCCGAUUACUCGUACACGCCUGGUCCGCUAAGGCUGGCGCACACUAUAUGGUUCGCGACCAUGGUGAAACUGAUCGAUCUGAUCGAAACAGGGGUGUUCGUGCUGAGGAAAAAGAACAAACAAAUUUCGUUUUUGCAUCUAUAUCAUCACGUAUCCACGAUCUUGUUAGCCUGGCUCAUCACGAAAUACAUUCCUGUCGCGAUGGCGUCUUUCAACUUGUUGGUCAACUGUUCCGUACAUGUGAUCAUGUAUACGUAUUACUUCUUAAGCACGUUCGGUCCAAACGUACAGAAAGCGAUGCUUCCGUAUAAACGGAUGAUAACCAUAAUACAGAUGGUACAAUUCGUUAUCUUAAUAUUGCACAACGGGCAAUCACUUCUACCGUCGUGUCCGGUGCCGAAACUACCAGGCCUCGCGUCGAUAAUCGUUAUAAUGAUAAACUUCUUCCUCUUCUACAAUUUCUACAAGAAGAACUACAAGAAACCCGCGCAAAAGAUGAGUUAAACCUGGCUCGAUGUUCGUAGACGUUUUGCAAGUGAUAUUUAUAGUACGUUUUCCAUUACGAAUAUUUCCACGAUAAAAUGAACUGUAAAUACCUCGAAGAAGAGUAUAUUGUUUUCCUUUUAGAAGAAUUUAUGGAUCACACGAGAAAAGUACAAUUAACCGUGAUUUACUCGUUCUAGUAUAAUUCAUAGGACCAUCGUGAUCCAUUGCGGAUAUUUAUUACGAAAAAUCGAGAAAAGUUACCGCGUAGAUUUUCAAUGAACGUAAGUAACACGUGAAACAAGAAGCCUUAUCAGAGGUAGCAUAGUCAAAGUUCGCGGCAAAUCACCUUAUUCAAAUGAUAUACGACAUUCACGAUUACCAUAUUUAAAAGCACAGAUAUGAUAACAAUAGUGUGAAGUUUAUACAUACGUACAAACGGUGACAUGUAUUCAAAUUCGAAUACGCGGUUAUGGUCUUUCUCGUUCGAUCGUUUAUGCAGGCGAACGUUUGACUAUUUAACGACACGACAGAAAUAUAAAAGACAGGAAAAAUACGUUUUCCUCUGUCGUCGAUUUCGCUGGGGAAAAAAUCGAACGCAGAACAAAUUGUCACACUUACGUACGAUAAGAAAUUCCGAGAAAGCGACAAAAUGGCCAUUGAUAUGUCACUCACCUGAAACAGAAAGAUAGAAAAAUUGAUAAGUACAAUGUGGUUAAUUUUUGAGAAAUUACAAUCGAUCGAAGAAAAAGAAAGAAAAAAGAAAAUUGCUCGAUUUGUCAACACAAUUAUGAGUUCAAUUACAUUCUCCGUCUAUCUAUUUCCCCGUCCUUUUGCUCCAUCUGAAAGAAGAGUCGCUGACGCUUCAGAAACUUUCCAGCCAUUAUAACAAUUGAGAAUAUUUCCUCAACUGUAUUAGACUUCGAUUGGCGAACUUGCCACCCCCCACCUUCCCACGACAGAUUUCCGAUCUCAGGCUUUUCUACGAAUUAAUUACAUUCGAAUAUCUUCUUUAAGUUUGUCGGUAAAGAGCUUCGGAUACCAAAAAGCUUCGCUCAAAAGACCGGGCAAGAAGUAGAUCCGAGAAGUUCGGCCGGUUAAGUAAGACCCC